UUAUCUCACUUUAACCUACUCCAUUUCACGAUAAUUACAUCUUGUUCGCCACCCUCCACUCCCGUCCGUUGCCCGGGCGUUCAGGUGCAGCAAAGCAACUGUCAUUACCAACUGCUCGACCGGGCCAACGGCACUCCCGUGAAGCACUGGUCCGAGAACGGCAUGGUCUUCCUGGUCCCGGACUGGCCCGAGGAUGUCACCAGCCUCGGCCUCGAGGCGUCCAAUCAUACCGGCCUGGCCGCCUACUUCUCCCAGGUCCACCCCGUGCCUACUGGCCACAGGGUCGGCCCGCCGGCCGACCCGGCAGAUGCGCCCGGCCUACAGGCACAGGCGGCCAGAGGUGGCAACCGGUCCGGAGACCAACCGCGCUUCUACGAGCCCUUCGUUGCGGCUCGGGCCGAGUCUGCCGCUUGGCCGAGGUCUGCACGACGGCAGCGCUACGCUGCCGAACUGCCCUGGGGCACCGAGGCGUCUGAGGCGACGCCGCCGCCACCGUCGUCGUUGACACCGACGCUCGGCCUCCGCUUCGACCAGCUCUACUACCUUUACUUCCGUGUCUCAUGCUACGACCGCGACAAGCGUAACACGUCGCCUAGGCUCACUUUCCAGCAGUCCUUCUACGUUUACAUCGCCAUCGCCAACGGCACUCUGCAUCCACCUCGUACAUCGCCUCUGACCACUCCAACCCUGGCGGCUUCUUUCGACCCCCUGCUCGAACCAUGUCAUUCUGCGGCGUCAGGUGUGCCAGCGAAGCAGGGAAGAGCGCGAGAGGUGCAGAAGAACGAAAAGAUAUGUUCAGUCGUUUGGCUCGACUCUGCACAUGCCUCCUGCUACUGGCUUGAUUGA